CCUUAUCUCUCACUCCCUCCUUUUAUUCAGCAGUCUCUUUCCCUUCCUCUCUCUCUCCCUCCGACUCCCAUCUACUACGCCUCUUCCUCCUCUCCCUCUCCCACACUUCUAGACAUUCGUCGUUCUUGAAAUACGUCGAAGUCUGUGAUUCUUCCAACUCCGUUUUCUCCUUUUAAAAAACACCAAACUCAAAGCUUUCCGUUGACCGAGCGGACCAAAUUAGACAAAGAACAGAGAAAGGUCCUCCACAGACAGAAAGAAUCGAAGAAAAAUGGCUGAGCCUGAUGUGAAGAAAACUUCGAAAUCUGUCCUCGAUCAGUUGAAAGAAAAGACGAUUGUAGUGGCGGAUACCGGCGACUUCCACGCAAUGAAGAAAUACAAACCAACAGACUCAACCACAAAUCCUUCUCUUAUCUUGGCCGCUGCUAACAUGUCGGAGUACGAUGAACUGAUGAAGAAAGCUGUCAAGUGGGCAAAAAGUCAAGGAGGUUCCGAUGAAGAACAGUUGACCAAUGCCUUGGAUAGACUCAAUGUGCUUUUUGGUUGUGAAAUACUGAAGAUCAUUCCAGGCCGUGUCUCCACAGAAGUUGAUGCCAGGUUGUCUUUCGACAAAGACGGUAUGAUUCAAAGAGCAAAGAACAUCAUUACGAUGUACAAAGAAUUAGGGAUCGAGAAGGAGAGAAUCUUAAUAAAGCUGAGUUCCACUUGGGAAGGAAUACAGGCUGCCAAAGAAUUGGAAUCAAAACAUGGCAUUCAUUGUAACAUGACAUUGUUGUUUAACUUUCAUCAGGCUGUAGCAUGUGCUGAGGCUGGAGUGACUCUCAUCUCUCCAUUUGUUGGUCGUAUCUUGGACUGGUAUGUCAAAAAUACAGACAAAAAACACUUUGAACCCUUGGAAGACCCUGGUGUGAAAAGCGUCACAAAAAUCUAUAACUUCUACAAGAAAUUUAAUCACAAGACAGUAGUGAUGGGGGCAUCGUUUCGUAACACGGGUCAGAUAACUGGUUUGUCCGGCUGUGACUUGCUGACCAUCAGCCCCAAAUUAUUGGAAGAACUCAGUAAAAUGAACCACAUCUUACAAACCCAGCUGUCAGUUGACAACGGUAUGUAUUGAUUUAUUGAUCAUUGCUAUUAGUCUUUUGGUGGAUUGGCAGUAUUUGUUUUCGGAUCAACCUUGCCUUUC